AUGUACGUUCCUCCACUUCUCCUGAAGUUCACGGUACUACAAAUCACACAGGAUGUAGAACCCUCCCCUGCCCUUCUAUGCACAUGCAAAUUUCGACCUCACUCGAAGAGGCCGCUAUAUUUAGCGAUAGGCUAUUUUGCACAAAUGCACGGAACGGAGCCCCUGAUGCGCUCUGAGCGGAGGGAAUACUACGUUGUAGAUGUGGUGUGCGAGUACGCUGUACUGGUUUUUUCUGGACGUUGGGGAUUACGAUGUGUAUGCGUUGAAUGUUUGGAUCUGGAAAUAGCGGCUGUGUCACUGGGAUAUCCGUGCUCAGCGUUCUCUAAUUCUCGACAUGGAACCACUGCUGGCAAAUGA